AACAUGUUAUUGUCCAGCCUUCCCGACUGAAUGUGUGAUGAUAUGGAGCACACAGAUCUAAGCAAGGGUAUCGAGCAAUGUGCCAUCAAGAGUGAAAUUGGACAAGAAUUAGCCUUAGCCGCGUUUACGUAUGUCAAAUGCAAUAUUCUUGGGCCUGGGACAUCAACGGAGCACUUUGAAGAAGAAUUCGAAGGAUGCGACUGCAGCAACCGAUGCCACGAAGACUGUCCUUGUCUUGGUCGCUUUGGCCCGACAUACGCACACGACGGACGAAUCCUAGAAAUCGCCGUGUCAUCCACGACGGCAAAGCCUAUUUACGAAUGUAGCAAGAACUGUCGCUGUCCUCAAGAAUGUCCGAACAGGGUUGUCCAAUUUGGAGUACAGACGAAGUUCAUAGUUUUUCGCACAAGCUGGAAAGGCUUAGGUUUGAAAACUGCGGAAGAUAUACCAAAGUUUAGAUUCGUGUGCGAGUACGCUGGGGAGAUUUUGACGAUGUUGGAGGCGAAGAGAAGGACUGAAAUUUCCCAUGAGACGAAUGCUAUGAACUAUAUUCUUGUCUUGAGAGAAAUCUUGCCAAAUCUCGGGACAGUUGAGACCUGCGUUGAUCCGAGUGCAAUGGGCAAUGUGGGACGAUUUAUCAACCAUUCUUGUGCGCCGAAUCUAAUCAUGUUCCCGGUUAGAGUUGAUAACAACGUGCCCAAGUUGUGUUUGUUUGCGGCAAGAGACAUCAACUCAGGAGAGGAAUUAACAUUUGACUAUUCCGGUGAAUUUAGGUUAAAUAACGGAGCGACGUCGAUUGAGGCGUCGUUAGCCUCCGCCGACGAUAUGACUGAUGUCCCAGAUUGUGAUAUCACAUCAAAACGAAAGCCGUGUUAUUGCGGUGCGUCUUCCUGUCGUGGGUUUCUUCCGUAUGACCCAUCGUUGUAUUGAAAACUAUAACUCGUUCAAAGUUUGAUUCAUGUUGAUCUGGAGUUGCCUGUGAAUUGAUCAUUGGUCUCUGUAGUCUAUGUGGUGCAUCAUGAAUGACCAAUCACAGGCAGACUCAAGGUCAUCCUCAGUGCCCGGCCUAAGAAUCGCUUACUUGUCCCUGGAGUAACCAGCUGGUUACUCUAAGCUUGGCCUAAAUAGAGCUAGCUCUUAGAUAGAGCAGCCACGUUGGCGAUCAUGCUGAUUUGAAUUUGG